GAUUCACGGAUACACUGACGAGACUAAAACGAACAUGGCUGGUCAGGGUUAUCUUGAAGCUGGAGCGUUCUACGAGGACUCGGGGGCAAACGCGGUGUGCUUCUUGGAAUGCAUGCGUUUUAGCCAACGUUAGUCCUGUUUAGAGUUAGCGAAACGCGUGGACAGAAAGGCACCCCCAGAAAUACUGAGAAAAAUGAUGACAAGGCAAAGGAAGCGUCCGAUUAAAAACCCAAAAGGCAGAGCUUGCCUCUCGGAGCUGGGCGAGGUCGGGGACACGAUCUGGAAAGAGCUGUCCCAGAUUAAGGAGGAGCCCAUCGACCUCACGGAGAUCAAAGAGGAGCAGUGCGAGUCGCUGCUCGUCUACGUCAAGAGGGAGCGGGACGGGAGGCCGGAGGACGGCGGACCACAGAGGAGGCGCGGGCCGGGCGCGGUGGCGGCCGCGCUAGGCGACCGCGACGGCACGAGCGCGGCGAACCGCAAGGUGAGGCCGAGCGCCGCGACCGCGACCAAGAAGGCCAGAGCGAAGAGGAAGAAGGGAGCCGUCCCCAAAAAGCCCGCGGCGAGGAAGGUCGGGAAAGAGAGGAGGAGGAGGGGGGCGGCGGAGGAGGAGCGGAAGAAGUGGAGCGCGGGCCGGUACCCCUGCCAGAACUGCGACGGCGUCUUCCCCAGCGUCGCCGGCCUGCAGGACCACCAGCAGGAGGCGCACGGCGACCUGAGGCCCUACGCCUGCAAGGUGUGCGGCAAGCGCUACCGCUACUCGUGCGUGCUGACCAACCACCUGCGCACGCACUCCGGGGAGCGGCCCUUCGCCUGCCAGCUCUGCCCCAAGCGCUUCACGCAGAACGCCAGCUACCGGGCGCACCAGCGCAUCCACAACGGCGAGAAGCCCUUCGCCUGCGCGCACUGCGGCCGCCGCUUCGCGCGCAGCUGCGACAUGAACCGCCACGCCAGCACGCACACCGAGGAGCGGCUGUACGGCUGCGCCGAAUGCGGUAAGAGUUUCCGGCGCUCGGUCCACUUGCGCUCGCACGCUCUGAUCCACACGGGCGAGCUGCCCUUCCCCUGCCCGGACUGCGGGCGCCGGUUCCGCCACGCCACCAACCUGGCCACCCACCGCCGCAUCCACUCGGGCGAGCAGCCGUACCGCUGCGCCCGGUGCGGCAAGGGCUUCCGGCAGAGCGGGCACCUGAAGCUGCACGAGCGCACGCACACGGGCGAGCGCCCGUACCCCUGCCCCGAGUGCGGCAAGGCCUUCGCCCGCCUGGUCUACCUGCACGACCACCGCCGCACCCACACCCGCGAGAAGCCCUACUACUGCGAGGACUGCGGCCGCUGCUUCAGUCGCCCCGGCAACCUGCUGACGCACCGCCUGGUGCACUCGGCCGAGAGGCGGCACCAGUGCCCCGAGUGCGGCAAGACCUUCCGCCACCCGGGCGGGCUCAAGGUCCACGCCCGCGUGCACACCCAGGAGCGGCCGUACGGCUGCAAGGACUGCGGCAAGACCUUCCGCGGCCUGGGCGGCCUGCGCAUCCACGAGCGCUGCCACACGGGGGCCCGGCCCUACGUGUGCGGCGUGUGCGGCAAGGGCUUCCGCGAGGGCAAGGUGCUGAAGAACCACGCCCUGGUGCACUCGGGCGAGCGGCCCUACCGCUGCGAGGGCUGCGGGCGGCGCUUCGGCCAGCUGGGGGCCUACCGGAUCCACCUGCGCCGGCACACGGGCGAGAAGCCCUACGCCUGCGCGCAGUGCCCCAAGACCUUCCGCCACAGCAACAGCCUGAAGGCCCACCUGAUGAUCCACACGGGCGAGGCCCCGUUCCCCUGCCCCAAGUGCGGGAGGCUCUACAAGCACAUGAGGAGCCUCCAGCUGCACAGCCGGACGCACGGCGACGGCGACUGAAGGACGGACGGACGGACGGGCGGGCGGAGAAACGGACGGACAGGGGGACGCGAGGACAGGCGGAUGUAUCUGCUUCGAACCAAACCAGCUGUGUGCCGAGAGGCCAAACCAAAGAGGCACAGUCUGAAAAGGCAAAUCGGCGGGAAUAAAACUGUGAAGUUGGUGUAAAUUUGCAUUGUAUGCUCCUAAAGGGAGACUCUUCAGGCAAGAUGCGCACAUUUCAUUGGUUGAAAAAACCAAAAAAAAAAAAACUAAAAAACUUUGUCGUUGAUACGGAUUGAGGUCUGUUAUAUUGAUGUCUGUCCGGGUACGAAAAAUAUUAACCCUCUAUAAAGAGGAACGUAAAAGGGCAAUUGAAAGCACUUCAGUUGAAUGUUACUUGAUAUUGUAAAUGAUAUUUCUGAAAUGGUACAAGCAAUCCAUGAUUGGACCACCCGAGCUGGAGUAGUCAGUUGCUGGAAUAUUUAAUUUGUACAGAUCAGUUGUUCUACCAUUCAACAACGUUCAGUUAGCAUGUUAGCUUCUCCCAUUGAAGUACUGACAGAAAAAUAAAGCCGGUGGGUUA